AUGGAGCUGAAUGAGACCUACAUUAUUCUGGAUGGUUUUAUGGACAUAGAGCGAUACAGAGCGCUGUAUUUUAUCAUCAUGUUUACAGCUUAUGUCUUCAUCCUCUGCAGUAACUGCACUAUCGUCUGUCUCAUUUGGAUCCACAAAGACCUGCACGAACCAAUGUACUUGUUCAUUGCUGCUUUGUUACUUAACUCUGUUCUUUUCACCACGGCUCUUUACCCUAAAAUACUGACAGAUAUUUUGUCUGAGAAGCAGGUUGUCUCUUAUUCCACGUGUCUUUUCCAGUGGUACAUAUUUUAUGCCAUUGCAGGUGCAGAAUUUUGGUUGUUGAUGAUGAUGGCCUAUGAUAGGUAUAUGGCUAUUUGUAAACCUUUGCAAUAUCCAACUGUAAUGAAUAAAUCCAAGGUAAAUGUGCUGUUAGCAGUAGCUUGGAUUGUACCGGCUUGUCAAGUUGCAAUAACAAUCACAGCAGCAAGUCACAGAAAACUCUGCACUUUCAUUUUCCGGGGGAUCCUUUGUAAUAGCACAGUUUACAAACUUCACUGUGUACAAUCAGCUGCAUUACAUGUAUGGGGCGUAUUUGUUUUACUAAAUUUCACUUUUGUCCCAUUAAUCUUUAACUGUUUUACUUACACAAGGAUAUUUAUAAUUACCACCAAAAGAGGCCCUGCGGUGAGAAGGAAAGCUCUGCAGACGUGUUUGCCUCACUUGGUGGUUUUGUUUAACUUUUGUUGGUUGGGGACUUUUGAUGUGCUAUUGGCUCGAUUAGACACAGAAUUACCCAAAAUGAUGCGUGUUAUCAUGAGUUUUCAGCUCAUUUUAUAUCACCCUCUCUUUAAUCCCAUCAUCUAUGGACUAAAAAUGAAGAAAAUAUCAACUCAUUUGAAGAGACUGUUCUGUGGUGGCAAACCAAAUAAGGUCCUCAAGUAA